AUGGCUGGGGAGGUCCGGGCAGGUGGGGACACGGUGCUGAGGCGCCUGCUGAGGCUGCACCGCACGGAGAUUGCAGUGGCCGUGGACAGCGCCUUCCCGCUGCUGCACUCGCUGGCUGACCACGAUGUCAUCCCUGAGGACAAAUUCAAGGAGACACUGCGGCUGAAGGAGAAGGAGGGCUGUCCUCAGGCCUUCCACGCCCUCCUAUCCUGGCUGCUGACCCAGGACACCACGACCAUCACCGAUUUCUGGAGGGUCCUCUUCAAAGACUACCACCUGCAGCGGUAUGGUGGGCUGCGGCCCAUCCUGGAGAGCUUCCCAAAAGAUGUGGACCUUAGCCAGCCUCGGAAGGGAAGGAAGCCCCCCAGUGGCUCUAAGACCCCUGUGCCACCACCCAGACAUCCCACCAAGAGGAAGGCCCUGGAGGAGCAACGAGCCACCCCACCAGCAGCCCUGACCCCAAGGAGCACCCCAAGCCCAGGCUCCCAGCUGAAGGUCAAGCCCCCCAAGAAGCCAGAGGGCAACUUGGAGGUUCAGCGCCUGCCCCUGGGGAAUGGAGUUCAGACCAUGUCAGCUUCUGUUCAGAGGGCGGUGGCUGUAUCCUCAGGGGAUAUCGCUGGAGCCCGUGGGGCUGUGGAGGGCAUCCUCAUCCAGCAGGUGUUCGAGUCAGGGGGCUCCAAGAAGUGCAUCCAGGUUGGAGGAGAGUUUUAUACCCCCAGCAAGUUCGAAGACUCUGGCGGCAGCAAGAACAAGACCCGAAGCAGUGGUGGGGCCCCAAAACCUCUGGUCCGGGCCAAGGGGGCCCAGGGCUCUGCCCCUGUUGGAGGAGAGCCACGGCUCGGCCAACAGGCCAACAUCCCUGCCAAUGCAGCCCUUGCCAGUGAGCCCCAGUCCCACCAGAAGAAUGAGGAUGAGUGUGCCGUGUGCCGGGACGGUGGGGAACUCAUCUGCUGUGAUGGCUGUCCCCGGGCCUUCCACCUGGCCUGCCUGUCCCCACCCCUGCGGGAGAUCCCCAGUGGAACCUGGAGGUGUUCAUGCUGCCUGCAGGGGAGAGACCAGCAGGCCCUGGGCCAGGCCCAGGAAUCCCGGCUCCCAGAGCCACCUGCAGAGAUCCUGGUCCUCCAGGGGCCUCAGGCCUCUGGUGAGGAUGUGAGGGCCCUGCCCAGGGAACCCCACUCCGACCCUACUAUCUCCUACACGCACUUGCUGGCCCCACCUCCUGCAGCCCCCCUGCCCCUGCUGGAGUCCUCAGUUCUGCGUCCCCUGCUGAGUGCCGUCCCUGAGGGGCAGCAGGGCCGGGCACCUGGUGCGCGGUGUGGGGUAUGCGGGGAUGGCACCGACGUGCUGCGGUGCACAUACUGCGCUGCUGCCUUCCACUGGCUCUGCCACUUCCCGGGGGUCACAGCGCGGCCAGGGACUGGCCUGCGCUGCAAGUCCUGUUCCCUAGACCGAGACCCCACGGAGGCAGCACCUGCCUCCAGCACUCCAUGCAACCCAGGGCAGCCCAAGGUGGAUGACAGCCAAGCUGGACAAGAGCCUGUCCUGCACCGGGAGGACCUGGAAUCUCUCCUAAGUGAGCACUCCUUUGAUGGCAUCCUGCAGUGGGCCAUCCAGAGCAUGGCUCGCCCGCUGGCUGAGGCACCGACCUUCUCCUGA